AUGUGUCCGUCCGGGGAAAUGUUUGACAAUACCGUCAACAUGUGCAUUUCCGCCGACGAUGCGGUAUGUUGGACAAAGGAACGGCAAAAGAUCAUUUCGACCACUUUGGCCAAAACGACGACGACCGCAGCCGUCACCAAAGGCACGACCACCGCCACCACCACCACUACUACCACCACCGCCAAACCGGAUCCAUGCGCGUCGCUGGACAAUGAUGAAAACGCAAAUUUACCGAAUCCUGAGAGCAAGAGCAGCUACAUCCAAUGUCGCGUAGGCAUCGAACUGCGCGUGGUCGAGUGCCCGAGCGGGUUAUGGUUCAAUCCAGUGACCGAAUUUUGCGAUUUACCGGAGAACAUAAAACAAUGA